AUGCGUCCCCAAUCCGUCUUGACCCUCGCCGGCCUCGUCCUGCUUGCUCCCGUCGCCUCUGCCGCCCGCUUCGACGUAUACUCAGACCGCCGUCACGAGACGCCGGCGAGACUUCGCGAUGAUCACGUCAACGAAGUCGUGUUGCGCUUCAAUCUAACCACUGCCGAAGAAGAGACUGCUUUCGCCGCUGCAGCAGCUCGGACGUUUCUCGACGUAUGGACCUUCAAUCGCGAAUACGUUGACGUUCGCAUUCACAAAGGCGACAUUGGAUCCUUGCUAAGCCUCUUGCCUGUGUCCCUCAAGACAAGCUAUUCAACCUUGAUUACAGAUCUGGCCGCAGCAGUGUAUGACACUUAUCCGGCCCUCGACACUCCCGUCCAGAUUCAUCGCGUUGAUGGUCGCCGGGCGGACCUGAAGCCGGCGCGCAGUGGGAGCGAAAAUUACUUCUUUCAGGACUACCAAAAACUUGAUGUCGGUGACUCGUGGCCCGUACUGAGCAACUCUUGA